GAAGAAUGAAAGAAGUAAGUAAGAAAAUUAAACUUAUGAGUCAUGAGUCAGGCCCAAACUGCCUAUGCCGUCUAAAAUGUUUUGAAUCAGUGCCGAAAGAAACAAGGGUUGAAAUACUUAAAAAUUUCAACCUUCUUGAGACCCAUGAUUUACAAAAUUCUUAUCUUUGCGGCCUAAUUACUGUCCUUCCAGUACGCCGUCCUACAAAAAAUGAAAAUGCUCGAAAAUGUGAUGCAGUGUAUAAGUAUAAGAUCCGUGGUUUAAUUAAUGGCAAGAUGACAGAACAAAUCGUGUGUAAGAAAGCAUUUAUUGCUAUACAUGGCAUCAGCAAGAAAAAAAUUGAAUAUCUAGUCAGAUCGUUAAAACUCGUUGGAGUGUCCCCAAAAGAUAAACGAGGUAAACAUAAUAAUAGGCCACAUAAACUGACAGAUGACGAAAUAAACUGUGUAAAAAGUCACAUAUCGUCUUUUAAAGGGCGUAGCAGUCAUUAUGGCUUACAUGACUCGAACAAACUCUAUCUGCCCGAAGAGUUAAACGUUGUAAAGAUGCACAUGAUGUUUAAGGAAAAAUUUCCUACGUACAAAGUAUCGUACGAAUCUUACAGAAAAAUCUUUUGUGAAAGCUUCAACAUUGCGUUUGGAUACCCUAGGACGGACACAUGCAGCAUUUGUGAUCAGUUUACGGUAAAGGUCAGAUCAUUAGAAUUAGAGUUAAAAAAUGCUCCUGAAUUUGAAAAAGCGAAUAUUACAUUAAAUAUUAGGAAGUUGAACGUUGAAAAUGAAGUUCACAAGCGAAAAGCUGAACAGUUUUAUUCUAGGAAAAGACAAGCAAAACGACAAAGCAAGGUAGAUGAUAGUCUAGAGGCCAUUUGUAUUGAUUAUGGAAAGAACUUACAGGUUCCUAACAUCCCUACAAACGACAUAUACUACAAAAGACAAUUGUCCGUUUAUGCAUUCAAUGUACAUGUUUUGUCCGAUGCCAGAAGUGUAUUUUACAUGUAUCCUCAAACAGAAGGAGGCAAAGGCAGUGACGAGGUUUGUACAUUCGUACACCAUUUUGUUUACAACUAUUUGGAUGAAAAUGUCAAACAUUUACGCAUUUUUGCUGACUCUUGUGCUGGGCAACAAAAGAACUUUACUUUCUUCAGAUUUUUGUUCAAUUUAGUGAACUAUGAAAACAAGUUAGAAUCGGUAACAGUGACGUUCCCCAUUCGGGGUCAUUCCUAUAUGGAAAAUGACAAGAAUAUGGGACUAAUAAACACCAAAUCCAGAGCUGAAGUUCCUGAAGAUUGGGUCAAUAUAGUUAAAGAAUCUAGAAGAAACCCAUCACAUUUUGAGGUAGAGGUUGUAGAUCAUGAACAAAUUAAAGGAUGGACCAAAUUCUUGGAUGAAAAAUAUGCUACAAAGUGCCCGUUUAAAUCUCGUCCAAUCCGAGAGCUUCAUAUUGUUCGUGGUCAACAUGUCCAAUUCCGGAAGAGUUAUUUUGGGGCAUUGGAAAGUGCUUCUAUCUACAAAACUGUCCCAAACAGAGGUCGUAAGAAAAAAAACCAGCCAUUGCCACCAGUCAAUGUUGGAAGGUCGGAUGAAUUCAACCUUCCUGAUUCGUGCUAUAAAGAUUGUUUGCCCUUAAAAGAAGCAAAGUACAAAGACCUUCAAGACUUGAAGAAAUUUUGUAGCCCAUCUGCAGCCGAAUACUUCGAGAAACUAUUGCAUGAAUGAUGAAGACACAUUUUAACCCUAUUCAGGAUUUACAGUACUAGAUGUUUUCUUGAGUUCUUUGGAUAGUUUUGUUAAUUUUAUUUAAAUAAAACUGUAUUUCUUGAUG